GGGGUACCUCAGAUGUGGCUCUGAUGUUGUGGGGGACCCCAAGGCUCUGGCUUCGGUGGGUUUCUCACUCACAGCUGUCCCAGAGCAGCCUGGGCUGGAGGAUGGAGCCUGCAGGGAGCCAGGACAGCUAUGGGCUCUUUGUGGCUGGGGCGAUGCUCAGCCCCAGGGGUCUGUUUGUGGGUGCAAUGCUCAGACCCGCUGUCGAUCCUCACAGUCACAGCAGGAGAAAUGACAUUGCUUUGCUUUCACCCCAAAGAUUUCCACAAAGCCAGGAAGAGAACCCAAGCAUCUGGGCACCUGAUUUCCCCGAGCACCCCAGUCGGAGGAGCAGAGCACCCCAGCUCCCAUCCCGACUCUCUCCACCAGGCUUCGCUGCCCUCCCUGUUGGGGUGCAACGCAGGCGAGGCAGGAGCAGGCGCCCGCUGCCCCAACCUGCUGAGGCUCGUCCUCUUCCAGCAGGACUUUCUGGUUCCUGCAGUCCCCGGUGAAGCCACACAGGGCUGGGCUGGGCCACAGCGAGCCCUGCCACGAGCCAGGUUGGAAGCCUGGCAGCGUGGCCGGACCUUGGCCAGGCACUGGGCAUGGGUCUGUGGGGGUCUUCUGGCCACAGCUCCCUGGGGCCAGGCGCCUGCCAGGUGCCGAUGCUCCAAGGACGGAGGUGAGCCAGCUCUGUCCUCACCCGCCGGAGAGGGAUGGUGCUGGGACCUUUGAGGGGUGCAUCCCUGCCACCCCCCGCCAUGCCCACAGCUGCCCUCCGCUUGCUCUGCGGUGUAGUGAUGCCAGCUGCCAUGCUCUGCGCCGAGCCCCUGCCCCGCAUCACCUUCCCCAGCGGGGACCCCCGACGGACACUGACCCAUUUCAGCCAGGAAAACGUCUCCCACUACGACAUCUUCCUCCUGCAUGAGAGCGAGGAGGAGCUGUACGUGGGGGCCCGUGACCGGGUGCUGGCCCUGACCGUUGGCACCCCAGGCAGCAUCCGUGCUAAAGCCUCGAUAAUGUGGGGACCCACGGCCGAGAAAAUCUCCGAGUGUGCUUUUAAGAAGAAGAGCCAGGAGACCGAGUGCUUCAACUUCAUUCGGGUCCUUGUGGCCCUGAACCAGACCCACCUCUACGUCUGCGGGACCUACGCCUUCAGCCCCGUGUGCACCUACAUUCAACUGGAGAACUUCACACUAAUGUCCAGCAGCAGAGGACAACCUUUCCUGGACGGGAAGGGCCAGUGCCCCUUUGACCCCCAGCACACCUACACGGCCCUGCUGGUGGAUGGCGAGCUCUACGCUGGCACCAUGAACAACUUUCAGGGCAACGAGCCCAUCAUCUCCCGCUCACUGGGCAGCCGGACCCUGCUCAAGACGGACGCCUUCCUCCGCUGGCUGUCAGCCGACGCUGCCUUCGUGGCCUCCUUCAGCAUCCCGGGAGAUGACAAGGUCUACUUCUUCUUCGAGGAGACAGCCGAUGAGUUUGAUUUCUUCGAGCGGCUUCUGGUGCCACGGGUGGCCCGUGUCUGCAAGAGUGAUGUCGGGGGGGACAAGGUGCUGCAAAAGAAGUGGACGACGUUCCUGAAGGCCCAGCUGGUGUGCUCGCAACCCGGCCACUUCCCCUUCAACGUCAUCCAUCACGCCUUCGCUCUGCCCCGCCGUGACGGUGGUGCUGACUUCUAUGCCGUCUUCACCUCGCAGUGGCAGGCGGGCAGAGCGGGCAGCGCAGCUGUCUGUGCCUACAGACAGGAGGCUCUGGAAGAGGUCUUCGAGGGCAAGUACAAGGAGCUGAACAAGGAGAGCUCCCGCUGGACGGUCUACGGUGGUCCCGACAUGAAUCCCCGGCCCGGCAGCUGCUACAUGGGUCCCUCCUCUGACAAAGCCCUCACCUUCAUGAAGGACCAUUUCCUAAUGGACGGGAAGGUGUCACCCACCCAGGGGCAGCCGCUGCUGGUGAAGACGGACAUCACGUACACGCGCAUCGUGGUGGACGAGACUCAUGGCAUCUCAGGGGCCACCUACCGCGUCAUGUUCCUGGCCACAGUGGAGGGUUUCCUGCACAAAGUGGUGGAGCUGCCCGGGGGUCCUCACAUCGUGGAGAGCAUCCAGCUCUUUGAGAGACCGGAACCGGUGAAGAAUCUACUGCUGGCCCCGGGGAAGGGCAUCCUCUAUGUGGGUUACUCCAGCGGUGUUCUCCAAGUCCCAUUGGCCAACUGCAGCCUGCACCAGAGCUGCGCCGAGUGCGUGCUGGCGCGGGACCCAUACUGCGCCUGGUAUAGCCUUGAGGGAUCCUGCCAGCCUACCCGUGCCGCAGCCGCCACCGAGGACAUGAGCGCAUGGCUGCAGGACGUCGAAGCGGGGAGCCCAGCCACCAUGUGCCACCGCGGGAGGAGCGUGGCCAUGCCCCGAACCUGGGGGGCACAGGAGGAUCCCGUAGCAGAGAGGCUCAGCCCCCCGCUUAACGCCGUGGUCUACUUGCGGUGCCCCCGCCACUCCGCCCUGGCCAACUACAGCUGGCAGCAGCCCGAUGGCCAGGGGGGCCGGGGGGACACGGCGGUGCUGCCUAACCACACGCUGGUGGUCAUCAUGCAACGAGGGACUGCUGGCACCUACAAAUGCCGGGCCACUGAGAACGGCUAUACCUGGACCGUGGCUCACUACCAGCUACAGGACCCCAGUGGGGUGGCCCCCCAGCUGGACGAGCUGGCUGAGGAGGACCUGGCCUGGGGGUCUUCAGUCCCUGGCACCCCCCGGUCUUACUGGCCCCAGUUUGUCACCGUCACCGUGCUGCUGGCUGUCACAUUGGCCGCUGCCGCCUGCCUGGCCCUCCUUGCCUACCACGACCAGCUCAAAGCCAGGAGCAAGGUACGGGGGUGCAGCACACCCCAUAGCCCCCCAUCCCAGCGCCGGGAGAAGGUACCCCUCAAUGGGGGGACCGGAGAGCCCUCAGCACCCGGAGUCCCCACCGAGGAGGAGGAGGAGGAGGAAGGCUCCCGUGCUUGCUGCCUCCAGCUUGAUGGGGACAUCGAUGUCGAUAACAACAGGCUUCACGUCCCAGCUGGGGACACAGUGUGACGCCGCCACCGGGUCGGGGAGCCUGUGGGGAAGCAGUAGACUGUGGGAGAUGAUAUGAAUGUGAAGUUUGGGUUUUUUUUUUUUAAUUUAAUACACAUGUUUUAACAUAAGGUAACAUUUUGGGGUAGUGGCAAGGGGCAGCAGGGUGGGAUGGGCCCCUGGGAGCAGCGGGGGAGGCAGCAAGGGGGUGGGAUGGGGCAAGGAGGUGGGGUGGGUGGCGAGGAAAGGACAUGGGGACAGGGAAAGGACGUGGGCACAGAGAAGGGACGUGGCCAUGGGGCAAAGCCAUGGGGCCGAGGGCAGGAUGUGGCAAUCAGGCAAAGACAUGGGGUGGGGACGGGCAGAGUCAGUGGAUGCUGACACUGGUGUCACCCCAGGAAAAAAACUGGGAUCCAUAAAACCUCCAAAAUGGGGAAAGGUGAGCCUGGAUGGGCUCCAUGGGGUGACCCCACAGGCACCCACCCUGCGCUGCCAGACCUCCCCACCCUGCUCCCCACCGCCCUGGGUGCUGGGGGGGGGGGCCACAACACCACAUCACCCUGACUCCCAGACAACCAAGGUGGUGGAGCCCCCCCCACCCCAGCUGCACCCCAGGGUUGGCCCCCACUGCUUUUUUUGAUGAUGUUGAGCCUUCUUUUUUUUAAGACAAACCAGCUGUAAAUUUUCCUGCUCUUUGUACAUGUGAUUUUUUUUAUUAAAAAGGAAAAGCUA